AUGGCAACUAAAGAUGAAAUUAAGUCACUCUUGGAGGCCGAAAUUGGACCUCUAAAAGCUAAAUUAACCUCGAUUGAAAAGUCAUUCUCUGAAUUGAAAAAGUCGGUCAAACACUUCUCUGCAAAGUAUGAUGAGCUCUUGAAGCAAGUACAGCGCUCAAAUGAUAGAACAGCAAGCCUUUCCACUGAUGUUAAGAACCUAAAGGAAGAUAUGAAGCAGUGCAAGAAAAUAGGGCGCGAAAUUGAAGACCUUUCUCAAUACUUGCGCCGCGACUGCUUGGAGCUGACAGGCGUUUUACCAACCGAAGAAGUAUCUUGUUUUGACUUUGUUUGUUCUAUUGGGAAGGAAAUGGGUAUCGAGCUGCAAGACGAAGACAUCUCCACAGCCCACCGUUUACCCACUUACAAAAAAAGUGCAGAAGACAAGAUUAUCGUCAAGUUUACGCGUCGCAGUAUUCGGGACGAGUUUUACGGAAAGAGGAAAACAAUCACCGGCAAAGAAGUUGGUAAAGUUGGCACUCUACGGGAUCUUUCCCAAGACCCAAAGAAGAAAUUAUAUAUCUCCGAGUCGCUAACACAAGCAAGAAAGAAAUUGUUUGGCAGC